AACUCCAUAAGUCUUGGACUUUGACUAUAACAUUCACCAUCGUCUGUCCCAAUCACUUUUUUACGGUCACAGUAUAGGCUUUUUGGGCUGGGAAAUCUAAUACAACAGUAUAAUGUCGAGAUUUGUGAGGGCAUCCAAGUAUCGGACUUCAGACAUGUCUUCGGACAGCAAGGCAAGAAGGAGUAUGGUAUUGACAAUGUCAAAGUGACCAGCAGUGCUUGGGACACCAACGUGAUCUCCUGCUCUACUCGUUAUGUCAGUAUCAACUGGAGCGCAUCUGGAGGCGGAGCAUUCGCUAUCCUUCCUAUCCCCUCUCCUUUUCAACCACUUCCCCACAACCUUCCCACCAAGUUACCCGAUCUCAUCCCACUUGCGCGCAGCCACACUGCCCCGGUCCUCGACACAGACUGGUCACCAUUCAACGAUUCUGUCGUUGCAUCCGGAGGGGAAGAUGGAAAGGUCAUGAUUUGGAAGGUGGAAUCAUCCGCUUUCGAUAACUGGGGUGGCGAGGGUUGGGAGCCGCAGGAUUUUGAUCCUGUAGCCCGUAUCGAUGUCUCCCCGCGAAGGGUUGGUCAAGUCCUCUUCCAUCCAACUGCCGAACAUGUCCUCGCUACUGCCACUGGCGACCAUGUUGUGAAACUCUGGGAUCUUGGCAACCCCGAACAGCCUCGAUCUGUCCUCGGUGGUCAUGGCGAUUCUAUUCAGAACUUUACAUUCAACCCAUCUGGAACUCUCGUCGUAACGACUUGCAGAGACAGGAAACUCAGACUAUUUGAUCUCCGCGCUGGCGGUGAACCUGUUCGAAUUGCCGAAGGACAUGGUGGUAUCAAGGGCGCCCGAGUCGUUUGGAUGGGUGACAGGGACAACGUUGUCACUACCGGUUUUAGCAGGAUGAGUGAUCGUCAAGUUGGGAUCUGGGAGGCUGGUAGUCUGUCAAACAUUAAGAUGACCACCAUCGACCAGACUUCUGGUGUCUUAAUGCCAUUCUGGAGCGAUAACAAUAUUCUCUUCCUAGCUGGUAAAGGUGAUGGCAAUAUCCGAUACUUCGAAUGGGAGAAUGAGAUAUUGCAUCCUCUGGCGGAAUACAAAUCUUCUGACCCUCAACGUGGAAUGUGCUUCCUCCCUCGUCGUGCGCUCAACGUUUCAGAAUGCGAGAUCGCUCGAGCCUACAAGGUUGCGGCCUCAUCGAUAGAAGCUAUCUCUUUCAUUGUGCCCCGCAAGAGCGAUUCGUUCCAGUCCGACAUCUUCCCCCUUGCACCUUCCGCAGAGCCGGCCCUGACGGCUGGCGAGUUCUUCUCUGGCAAGACUGCCCCUCCCAGGCUUGUCAGCCUUGAAAAUGGUGCUAUUUCAUCAGGUACUCUCCAUUCUUCAACAGCGGCACAUUCAGCACCUACACCUACGAAGACUUCGAGUGCCCCUGCUCCUGCACCCGCUGCCGCACCUGUACCUGAGCCUACGCCUGUUGCUAUCCCAGCUGUUAAGACUAAGUCUGAGCCUACUCCCACUUCCGCGGCACCUCCGCUGAAGACUCCAUCUGGGUUCGGUGAUGACGUUGCUACCGGUGCUCUGAAGGAGGAGAACACACGCCUCACUGCUGAGCUUCGUGAAGCUCGCGAGAAGAUCCGGAACUUGGAGUUGCAGCUUGAGACCUUUAAGGCCAACGCUCGCAAAGCUGCGGCUCUGCUGGAUGCUUGAUGGCAUGGAGCGGAUACUCCUGGAUACUAGAAUGAAGACGUUGCAGUAUUGUAUGUACGGUAGAGACAUAAGGAAGUCAAAUGGAAAUAAUGCUGUUAUACCCCUGCUAUUAGUCGAUAAAACUAUCGUCAUGGGUAGCCCUACUCUC